AUGACAUUUCGAAGCGAAUUAGUGGCGUCUGUGUUCGCGGCCCACGAGGGCAGUUACGCAGCCACACAAAAGCUACAUCAACUGGUGGAAUGCCGGGAAGAUACACUAUUAACCGUCGAGCUGUCGCAGCAGCUGGGGGGGACAUAUGAACUCCUUAUAUCUUUAACCCAGCUGCGACACGAUAGCAAUGAUGAAGCUGUUUUGGCAUUUGUAUCCACUAAAGGAGCUGUUGCUACAAGAGAAAAUUAUGAAGAAUGUGUGAACCUGCUGAGGUUCUAUGGAUUCUCACUGUUGAUCAAGUUUGUAGAAAACAAUUGGCAUCAUGUCACACUGGAAUUAAAAUCCCGCUGCCAACGUGAUGUUGAAAGGCUGUUUUCUCGCGGAGCCGCGGAAACAACCGUGGCGGCAGAAUACAACACACUAGUCAUGCCCAAGGUUACACAGUAUCUGGCCACUAUCGCAAUACGACAAUGGCCAAUGGAAUGGGCAGACGUGCUAAAUGUAUUCAUGGACUCUAUCAAUUCGAGGUUCGCUCUGCUGGGUACAAAGGCAAACAGCUGUAAACAAACAUUGGCAGAACUAUCCAUGUUUGGAGGGUUGCUGUCAGAGGUUUCAGUAGAUAUCAGCGAUUGCAUGGAUAACAAAGUAUUACACAAGAAACGUACGCAGAUAUUGGGACUUCUUAAAAACUGUAUAUGCGAAGUAUUCUUGCUUAUACACAGGGUCAUCAUCUUGGGAUUGCUGAACGAUCAGCCUCAGAUGUUGAGAAUGGUUAUUACCAUAUUCAGAAACCUGUCUAUAAGCAUGGAAGGGUUUGUAUUCGUGGCUUUUGAUGUAGACGAAUUCCUAAGGAUGCAUGCUAACGGACCACAUCGCUCGGAUAUUAUACAAACGAUGCAUCACAUCUGCGAAAACGUUGUACACAAACCAAUAAAGAAUAUGAAAAAAAGUAACGAUUUUGAUAUAUCUAAUGAAGCACUUUACAAAAACAAAUUGGGAAGGUUUCUAAGAAAUUUAGUAACUAUUGGAGAAUCGAUGCAAGUUGACAGCUCAUUGGACACUGCGUGCGAUGAGCUGCAUCUCGCACAAGCAAUAAAGGCAUUGUUCGAUCGCAACGGGAUCUACAUAUUGUUGAACGUAGAUUGUGAACCAAUGAAAUUGUUAAGUGAAUACCUCUUAGGGAGGCUUAUUAUGCAUCCCUCAAUGCAAGUAGCAAUGUGUGCUGUUACUGCAUUGAAUGUCAUGUUUCGACGGAUGUAUUCUCUGGGAGAAUCACAUUUGACAGGGGAAUAUGUUGCUGGAGUGUUUGUACCAAACCCUUCUGCACGCUGGUUAGACCACAGACGUGUGCUAUUGGUAUUAUUCGUUAGAUGUCUGAAAAUAGGAAAUGCUGCUCUACAACAGGAUUCAGCAGAUACAACAUCAUCAGCCACUAUGGAUAAAUUCAUAGCGGAUGCCGUAGGGACUUCUGUCCUACGGUCUCAUAGGUGGUCGAAACUAUUAUUUGCAUAUGUUCCGAUCGAUGACGAGUUUUGCGUAGGACCUCUGAAAAACUUCGAGCCACGCUUUGCAUCGCUUCGAUCAGCCAUUCUGAACUGUGUAGCAUUGUUGUGUACCAUGAGCCAUGAUUAUAUGAACUUGGCGAUCAAGGCACUCGCAGACAUAUUCACAACCGCACAAAGCGUGGUUGUGGAGUCACCCUGUGUGAUAGGCGGCAGUGCCUGUACAUUACCAGGGAUAUCUGAGAAACAAUUGCAAUGGACUUGCAAAAAACUAGUCCUCUUCGAUGGUACAUGCUACAUGUUUGAAGCUGCACUUACACGAUUACGCAGCGCUACGAUUGAUUCAACUUCGUCGUCUGAUAACACUAAGACGCCAGAGUGGAUACAACCGGCUGCUGCAAAUAAAGUGUUGUCUGAGGCCCAAAGCAAGGCCGGAGGGACCAUGGUUGAUACGUGGAUAUCAAGUGCAUUAACGUACCUGCUGCAUAUGCUCGGACUACAAUUGCCGAGUGUUCACAGCGCACAACUUGAAAUACGACGACUGGGGAUGCUUGCCAGCACUUCACAUCUAUUGCUGUUCAAUCCAGAACCCACGGAACGUAUCUUGGAGUAUGUAGUCAGCCUAUUGUUGGUACAGGGGCCAGGGAGCGAUCAGAGUAACAAGGUAUGCAAAUCUGCCCUUGUUACCCUUAUAGCUCUUUGCAAAAACUGUCCUGCUCUUGUAUCGAAUUAUGUGGAACCUAUAGUACAGCGUAUUCGCCACUGUCUAGGAGUGGCAGAAGACGAAUCUUCUCGUGAUCUGUUAUUGGAGUCAUUGGUUGCACUUACGUCGUGCCUGCAAGAUUUCGAAACACAACGAAGAUUGGCACAUGAAAUUGUUGCGCCACAUAUCGAUGAAAUUAACGGUUUGGCUUCCAGGUUGUCUUCUGUGAAAAGCGAAGGACGACCUGCGAUGCUAUUCGAGAUAUUGUAUGGCAAUGGUCCCAGUGACCUGACUAAAACUGUAAACACAGGCGGUGUUCAUGUUUUGGGCGGUGCUUCAACUGGACUAUUCGACAUAGACAGUCUGGAUCGUGGUCGUCGUAACUUGCGCCGCGCGUUCACAAUGACGCUCUCGAUUAUUCGAUGUUCAGUGAUCCCUAACAACCAGGGUGACCGUAAUAGCGCUUUGAUGCAAUGCUAUCGUCCACGACAUCCACUGGAAGACUUACUACGGGAGUUAUUGGCAUCUAUCUGCUUAAUACUCGGUUCUUUGUGUGGGAUGUGGAGGCCGGCAUUCCGUGGUCGUAGCGCAUGGCGUAAGGCAGUUUUGAGCCCAGGAGAGGAAGAAUGGAUUGCUCUCCAAGGUUUCAAUGAAGCUAUAGCUUCUGAAGAUAGUCUACGUAGACUCGUGGAAUCUGUUUUCCGGAUCCCGUCGAAUAUUGACAGCAAACUGGUUCGGAAAUGUCGUAGACAUGAUUUUCUGAUCCGUCAAUCUGCGUUGAAGUUAUGUGGCGAGAUUUUCUCUACCGCUGCCGCGCAUAAGGUUGAUGUUCAGGUGUCACAGGAACGAUUGAUCGCCGGAGCUUUGGUUGAGCCCCUUGACUGGGUCACCAUGUUCCACCUUGCCCAGUUCCUUAAGUUCACUUUGGUCCCUGCAAGUUUAUCUUUAAGACCUUUUCUGCCCAAGAUGAUCACUAUAAUCUGCGAGAGGAUCAAUUCUGAAUGGAAGGCUUUGAACCGAGUGCAACGUAACCUUUUGGAAAGUUCUGCCGGUGUACCAACUAACGAAAGUGCGGAGUCGCGUAUCUUACACCUAUACUACCUACGUGUGUAUGCGUGUAUCGAGACUGGUAUGCAGCUUAUGGCUCUGGUAGCAGCGGCGUUACGUACACAAUCGCCUAGUGCUCUCGAAAGUGAAUUGAACGGUGGAUCUGACGAGAUAAUGAUGGAACCUGUAGACAAUCUGUCUGUUUUUGUUGGAUGUCGCGAGAUGUUAACGAGUCUGUUACAGUGUCUUUGCAGUGCACUUUGUUGGCCACACUGUCGUUGUGUUACGGAAGCGUUGCGUCUACUUCGGGCAUAUGCCAAGAUUGCCCCGUCUAUAGACAAACGUUUUGUUGGUUUGGCUGAAGGGCUAGCGUUUGAGGUACUUGUGGUACUGCAUAAGCAAAUUAUUUCGGAGCGUACAUUUGACCCUUUGAAUUUUGGUAAUGACGAAGGUCAGGGAUCUACAACAACUGCUUACAAGCGGUUCUGGUCGAAUACACGUGAUGGGAGCGCAAACUACAUCAAAGAAUUCGUGAACACUAUGUACUCUUUAUACGAGUGUCUUGUUCGGUGUCAUCCAGGGAUAUCACGUGUGGUUGUUCGGGGGGAGAUGGACGUUCAGGCUUUGUUUAAUUACGGUUCGGUGAUUAACUCAUUAAAGCUCUUGACACCAUAUCUGCACGAGCAGGAGUGUAUAUCGUUUUUGUCUAAGGUUAUGGCACAGAACUCAGUUGAGGCACGCGCGAUUUUACAGGAUGGCAUUGAAGCCAAUAUCCUCGUAGGUUUCGUUAGCUGCUUUGAAGAUUUGGGGCUACAGGACCAGAAUGCGCGUGCAAACGCGAAGCUGGCGCAACUGAGGUCUAGUGUGUUGGAGACAGAAUCUUCAAAGGGUAAGUUUUUUUUUUAA